GGCGCCGGACGCUUCGCCACUCCCGGCCAGGCAGCGGCCGUCUCCGCCCUCUGGCGCGACAACUUCGCCUCCGCUGACCCGCCCCCGCCGCCGGUAUUCACCCUCGGCGACCGCGUCGACUUCUCCCCCGAGCCUGCCCUCGCCGCUGACCUGACGCCGCCCUCUCCCGUGUCCCGAACCCCUCCGCACGCCCUUUAUGGGCCCGCCUCGUUCUCAUCCCCUUUCAAGGUCACCGCGGAGCCCAGUGGCUCCGGCGCCCCCGACGAGGGGUUUCGGGUCCUCCGGUUUCCGAGCGGUGGGGACUCGGGUUGGGUGUCCCCGGGCAAGAGCAGCGGCACCGGAGACCGUACGGGGAAGGGGAAGAGUUCGCCGGUUGACGGGAUCGUCCAGCCGGGGGCGUUGAUCACUCUUCCGCCGCCGAGGGAAGUGGCUAGGCCAGAAGUCCGGCGGAAUAGCUUGCCCUUGGCGGGAGCGCUCGAUGAAGAGCAGUGGGUUACCGUGUACGGAUUUUCCAUUGGUGAUACAAACUUGGUACUGCAAGAAUUUGAGAAAUUUGGAGUAAUACUGAAACACGUCCUUGGUCCAAGAGAUGCUAACUGGGUGCAUAUUUUGUACCAGAGCCGAUACGAUGCCCGGAAGGCCCUCGCAAAGCAUGGCAUGCAGUUAAACAGUGUUCUCAUCAUUGGGGUGAAGCCUAUCGAUCCUCAGCAGAAGCAGUAUCUAAAUGAGCAUCUUGAAAGCAACCAUAACAGGGGCUUCAUGGUUCCCAUGCCCUUGGGAUCAGUAGCAGGGAGCUCUGCCGGUCGGAGCCCGGUGGCACCAUCUACCUGGACUCACCAUAAACAGCAGCAUAGCAGCAACAUUGCAACCAGUGAAACUGGCCAAGGCUCUACAAAGGCCAUUGCCUCACCUACAAAGUCUGCCCUGUCCAAAGUUAUGGACAUGAUGUUUAGCUUUUAGAAGACCCAAAUGUCUGUUUUAUAUUUGGUAUUGGUCCAUUAACCGAUCCUGAUCAAGAGUUUAGAUUUCCUCAGCACCAAAAUAUGCAGACAUGCAGCUCAAUCCGAAUCCCACCCUUGAUGUUAAUCUUGGCCAAUAAGCCAAUAAUCACCCUCUGCUUUGUAAGUUUGCUGCCAGAAUCAAGUAUUGUUCUUAGCAACGGUUUGUACUAUCAUCAUCUGUCGUCAGGGGAUUCUUGCAAUGCCUGCAAGCACGAUGUAAGCUUUGAUCGACUUCUCAGACGUUGGUUUUCUGUUUAAUCAUCGAAUCUGAGGUAUGGUGUAUUGUUUCGUGGA